GCUGUCUCAGGGAGGCCAGAACCCUCAAUGCUAACAUCACAGCAUGUCAGUGGCUAUCUGAGCCCUGAUUGCUCGGGUGUAACGCUGUAUUUACAGUAUUAAAUUUCAACCUAGUGUGACAUAAGUGGGAUGCCUGGGACUAAUGUGAUUCAGAUCACUAAUCUGUCGUCGGCGGUGAGCAGCGAUCAGAUGAGAACUCUCUUCGGCUUUUUGGGAGACAUCGAGGAGCUGCGGCUAUACCCGCCUGACAAUGCACCUCUUUCCUUUUCAUCCAAAGUGUGUUACAUAAAGUACAGAGAGCCUUCCAGUGUUGGCGUGGCACAGCAUUUAACCAACACAGUUUUUAUUGACAGAGCUCUUAUUGUUGUGCCAUGCGCAGAAGGAAAAAUCCCAGAAGAGGCAAAGGCCCUCUCGCUUUUGGCCCCUGCUACGCCUGUCACUAGCCUGAUAAACGGAGGAGGACUUCUGCCCAUUCCCAGCCCUGCUACGCUAAAUCGUGGUCUUCCUUUGGUUAAUCUGGGAGUCAUUAAGUCUAGUUUGGAUACAUCUGUGGCGGCUUUAAGCGGAGUGACGUCACAGCCUCCACUUAUGGGCAAUGUUGAUCCCUCGAAAAUUGAUGAGAUCAGGAGGACCGUCUAUGUCGGCAACUUGAAUUCACAGACCACCACGGCCGAACAGCUACUGGAGUUCUUCAAGCAGGUUGGAGAUGUGAAGUUUGUGAGGAUGGCCGGGGAUGAAACUCAGCCUACACGCUUUGCCUUCGUGGAAUUUUCUGAUCAGGACUCAGUGACACGAGCGCUCACCUUUAACGGUGUCAUGUUCGGAGACAGACCGCUGAAGAUUAACCACUCCAAUAAUGCCAUAGUAAAGCCUCCAGAGCUCACACCACAGGCUGCAGCCAAAGAACUGGAGGACGUUAUGAAAAAGGUCAGAGAGGCUCAGUCAACUAUUGCUGCUGCUAUUGAUCCAGCCGACAAGAAUCGGUCGCCUAGUAGAUCCAGGCGUUUCAAAAGGUCCAGAUCUCGGUCUCACUCACGAAGGAAGCGAUCCAGAUCCAGGCACAGGGGUCGUCCAUCUCAGAGGCCAAGGCAGAGGCUAAAUGAUUUACGUGGGUCCCAUAGAAGACACUCGCGAUCCCGAGACAAAAAACACAGCCGGAGUCGAUCUCACUCCAGGGACCGGAAGAAGGAGAAGGAAGGAAAGGUUCGGAAAGAAGGUGACUGGGAUGAAAAGAGGCAGAGGGUCAAAAAAGGAAGAACGCCGCCCAAAGGCUACAGCAGAUCAAGAUGCUCCCGUAGUACAAGCAGAGGACAGAAAAGAAGCAAAUCUCAAUCGAGGUCGCCAAGACGGAGGGCCAGGUCACCAUCACCAAAAAGAGGGAAGAAGGAUAAAAAGAGAGACAAACUGAGAGACAGUAGCAGGGAAAGAAGCGAGAGCUUGGCAUUCAGGAGGAAAAGCAGAGAUUAUGACCACAAGGCUAAACCAUCACAGGUGGACAGGAGCUACGAGGUAGCAGACUAUGAGUAUUUCAGCGAUGUUGGGUCAGGUUCUGUUGCCAGUGAUGAAAAAUCUCCCCGAGCUCAUCACAACGGCAGCUAUGGGAGCACUUACGCAGAUGAGGAGGAUCUCUCUGCUGCUGAGUGAUCAACACAUAAUGCUAUUCCAAGAACUGUGAUGUUCAGUCGUUGUGUCUUGACAGCAUAGAAUAGCGUGUCAUACAGUAAGAGCAGUCACUCCUUUUAAAAUGCUUUUCCCUGCGUCCAUUGACGUGAACAUUACCUGUCGCUGUGAAUAUGCUAUCUGUCAUAUGAUAUUCAUAUGGAUAAAAAUGUAAAGAUUUGGAUAGAGAUUUAUUGUGGUGAGAGCUACCGCAUGUUGAAUGGAGUGUGUUUAAGGUCACAUUUUAACAUUUGUUUUCGUUUUUAUUGCAUGUUACGUUUACAUUUAAAAAUAUAAUUUCGUGCUAUUUUGUGUUCAUCCUUUUUCUUACUAAUUUAAAUGUAAAGAAGUUUCAACAUUUAGUUUUAGACGUUUUAUUUUGGGGGGAGAAAGCCUUAGAAAUUAUAUUUUCAAAAAUAUAUUGCAUAAAAACUUUCUUCAUGUAAAAGUAUUAUUGGUUAUUUUGUUCUUUUUUUACUAUGACCCAGGGGUUUUUGAUAUAUUUCUAAAACUUACUAGAGGCAGUCUUUUACACAGUUUUUGUGUACAUAAUGUGUAAAAAAAAUGUUUGUGGUGAAAUGUGUAGAUGAACAGUGCAUGGUAAAAGUGCCUAGAAAGAUGCAAAAAGAUAUUAACAACGUUGUAAAUGAAGUCAAAAGGGAAUAUUUAUCUAUCAUUGUCACCUAAAUAACAUUAUAGCAAAGCUGGUGUAAAUUGCAUAGUUUUAUCUUUAUUUUUAACAGAAUUAACCAGUGACUAGAAACCUACAGUAAUAUCUUAAUACAGUAAGUAUUGUUAUGUGGCACAUAUUUAUGUUUUAAUAGUGUUUUGAGAAGCCUUUAUUGAUCGGUGAACACAGUAUACUGUUAUUGGCCAUUCAGAAUAACUACAGUUUAAAGCUUUAUGCUUCAGAAUUCGUAUUUAUUUUUAUAUACAGUCCGUACAGUCAAAUACUUUAGUAAAUGGAUAUAUACAAUUAUAUACUUGUUUAGCAGCAGGAACUAAUAUAAAUAAGAUGGAGUAGUGUUUGACAUAUCGAUUUGUGAGCUGUGUGAUUCUGUUCAUCUGUUAUACGUGAAUAAAACAGAUUUUCCCUAAUGCAAAAUAUACAGUAAAGACAGUGUACUUAAGAUUUCUUCUAUACUGCAGUGUGUGGUUUUCUAAAAUAUUUAAAAAUGGGCUUUAAUGUAAAUCAACAACACAAUAAAGCCUUUCACAGACCAUU